AUGCCGUCCCUCGAAGGUCUUACUGGGGGGCAGCCUACCCUGGACGCAGUCAACAACACCACUGCCCAAAACCCCGAAGAACUUACCUUUCCGCCCGUGGCCAAGGAUCACAUUCUGAAUUGCUCGUACGAUAGCUGGUUUCCCAAGUACCGGACAGUGUCAAUCAGGUCGAGAAUAAUCAAGCUAUCAGCCGACUUUGUCCAAUACAUUCGCGACGACGGCAUCAUCCUCGCCGACGAAGAUAAUGUUCUCGCUGAGGAAGACGAGGGGGAGUGGUCCGCCUCUUCUAACACAGCCGACGCACCGAGACGGAACCGGCACCUCGAAGGGGAUAGCUCCGAUGACGAGCCCGAGGCCGACUCUCGGCCUCCGAAUGAGCGCUUCCCCGAAAUCCACCAGGAGAUCAAGGACAUUAUCAAUGAGCUGGGAGGCGCUGUUGCGCCCAAGCUGAACUGGUCCGCCCCGAAGGAUGCAGCUUGGAUUUCAACGCACCAGAACACACUCAAGUGCACAUCGCCCAACGAUAUCUAUCUCCUUCUUAAGAGCUCCAGUUUUGUCAGCCAUGACUUGGAGCACGCCUUCAAAGACACCGUCUCCUCGACCUCAAACAGGCCUUUUCAGCCCGUCCUGGUUCUCAGACCGUUCUUCGCGCCCAACCCCGCGCUUGAGUUUCGUUGUUUCGUCAAGCACCGCGCUCUCAUCGGUGUCUGCCAGCGGGACUGGAACUACUACCCGUUCCUCGACGGUCUCCGGCCUGCGCUGGUGUCCAAGAUCACCGAUUUCUUUGAGGACCGUCUGCGCUUCACAUUUCCCGACGGAUCCUUCAUCUUCGACGUCUACGUGCCCUGCGAUAGCAACUCAUAUGACGAGCUCGGCAAGGUGCGCCUUAUUGACAUCAACCCCUGGGCGCCGCGAACAGACAGUCUGCUCUUCAGCUGGGUCGAGCUGCUCGAAUUCAAGGUCCCGAAGCCGAUGCUGGGCUCCGUUGUGAACGAGGAAGAACAGCUUGAAGGCAGCGCUGCGGACGAGACGACGGACGAAGAAGAUGCUGAUGAACUGGUUCCUGAAUUGAGGCUGGUUGAAAAGGAUAACCCAGUUGCAUUCAACUUCAGCACACCGCAGUAUUCUGCACAUAAGCUGCCAAAGGAGGUUGUCGAUACGAGUUUGUCGGGAGAAGGCGGGUUGAGGGAGUUUGUCCAGCGGUGGAAGGAAAUGACUGAGGCUGAUGGCGGCGGUGAUGUCUGGGAGAAUUCUGCCACAGCCGAGGCAUGA